CGAUACGAGAACCUGAUUGGUGUAACCUGCUCAGUGUUGUGCGGUAUCCUAGCGCAAGCCAUUUUGGUGAGGCAAUGCGUCUCCGUGUUUAAAAACUACAACACGAAACCUCUCUCCGACAUGGACACACCACACAUUCGUACACGACAAUUCGGUACCUCGCGUGAGCUGCCAAGUCGGCUGUACCAAGUCCAUGUGGCGCUUUUUCAAGUCGGUCACAUCAAACACACGGCGCAUUCAUCAUGCCUGCGUUCUCGAGACAAGGCUUCCGCUGCCUCCGAUGCUACUGCUGCUGCUGCUGAUGAUGAUGAAGAAGCUACAACAGCUUCAUGGUGCACAAAUCGCCUCGCCUCUUGUGUGUGCGUGCCGAAACCGCAAGGACUUGUGCUUGCCGCUGUGCCCGGAGCAGUUGCCGAAAGGCCAAUUAGCAGAUCGCGUCCCUACUCCCCCCCCCUAGGUGCCUGCAUUUGUGCAAUCAACGAGAUUAACCGGCGUCGUUUCAACCAUCCAAUUAUCUUUAUUGAAGUGGCCGCCUCCUUUUCCACGACACGUCCGGCACUUCGUCUGUCGGAGGCGGUUGGGACAGCAGUAUCGCUUGCAGUGCCGGGGGCAGGACGGAGUAAUCAGGCCCGGAUGCUGCCAGGAGGUAUCACAGACGACGCCGGUGAGUUGUUGUUGCUGGGUGUUGGUGGAGUGGAAUACCACGUGGUCAGCAAACCUGCAAUGGACAACGCCGUGAAUCAACUUUCUGAAAUGAAUGGAAAAGAGUAG